AAAAAACCCAAAAGAAAACGGGGGGCCCCGUAGCGGGGAGUUGCUGUCAUAGCCCCCCGCGUCGUGGACACGCCGUUUCCCCUCCCGAGCGACCAGCAGGCAGCAGCCCACUGAUUCCUCUGGCUGGCUGUCGUGGAGGCAGUGCGGAUGUGGAGCCUGCGAGCAAAUACUCCACACCCGUUGGUGAGCAUCGGAGAAGGAGGAGAAGAUGAAAUGUUUUUCCCGUUACCUUCCGUACAUCUUCCGGCCGCCGAGCACCAUCCUGUCGUCCACUUGCCACACCGAAGCUGACAUUAUCUCAACAGUGGAGUUUAACUCAUCAGGGGAGCUGCUGGCCACCGGGGAUAAAGGAGGGCGCGUGGUUGUCUUCCAGAGAGAGCAGGAGAGUAAGAGCCAGCCCCAGCGUCGAGGGGAGUACAAUGUUUACAGCACAUUUCAGAGUCACGAGCCAGAGUUUGACUACCUGAAGAGUUUGGAGAUAGAGGAGAAGAUCAACAAGAUCAAAUGGCUGCCGCAGCAGAACGCCGCCUACUUCCUGCUCUCAACCAAUGACAAGACGGUGAAGCUGUGGAAGAUCAGUGAGAGAGACAAACGGCCAGAGGGCUACAAUCUGAAGGAUGACGAUGGCCGCAUUAAAGACCCGUCCACCAUCACAUCCCUACGAGUGCCGGUUUUGCAACCGAUGGAUCUGAUGGUUGAAGCCACAGCCAGGCGUGUGUUCAGCAAUGCCCACACCUACCACAUUAACUCCAUCUCCGUGAACUCCGACCUCCAGACCUUCAUCUCCACCGAUGACCUCCGGGUGAAUCUGUGGAAUCUGGAGAUCACUGACCGCAGCUUCAACAUUGUGGACAUCAAACCAGCCAAUAUGGAGGAGCUAACUGAAGUGAUCACCUCAGCUGAAUUUCAUCCCCAACAGUGUCACACGUUCGCUUACAGCAGCAGCAAGGGCUCGAUAAGACUGUGUGACAUGAGGCAGGCGGCGCUCUGCGACAAGCACUGCAAAUAUUUUGAGGAGCCGGAGGAUCCCGCUACACGCUCCUUUUUCUCCGAAAUCAUCUCAUCCAUCUCCGACGUGAAGUUCAGCCACAACGGCCGCUACUUGAUGACAAGGGACUACCUCACUGUUAAGGUGUGGGACCUGCAAAUGGAGAACAAGCCGCUCGAGACAUACCAGGUUCACGACUACUUACGGGGCAAACUUUGCUCCCUCUAUGAGAACGACUGCAUCUUUGACAAGUUCGAGUGUGUCUGGAAUGGAUCAGACAGCGUCAUCAUGACCGGCUCCUAUAACAACUUCUUCCGGAUGUUUGACCGCAACACCAAACGGGAUGUCACGCUGGAAGCAUCCAGGGAAAACAGCAAGCCCAGAGCCAUUCUCAAGCCUCGCAAGGUGUGCGUGGGCGGAAAACGCAGGAAGGACGAGAUCAGUGUGGACAGCUUAGACUUCAGCAAGAAGAUCCUUCACACGACGUGGCACCCGCACGAGAACAUCAUCGCCGUGGCGGCCACCAACAACCUUUACAUCUUCCAAGACAAGGUCAAUUAAAGCGUGCCGAUCCAUGUGUUUGUCUAAACAGAAAAAAAAGCAGUAUGGAGUCCUGAUGUCCAUCCUGCACCUCCCCUCGGGGCGGAGGGCUUGUCGCUGCUAACCUGAUUUGCGCUAAGAACGUGCAGCGGUUUUUUUUUUUCUUCUUCCCCUGCAAGUGGACGUACAGUUCUGGAAUCUUUGGGGACGUGACAAAGUUUUCCAAUCAUUUAAUUUAUUUAGCCAUACGCACACAAACGGAAGGGAAUCCUGCGCAACAAGAUUACAGCUGCAUGAGCAACAAGAUGUAGCAAAGACACUGGAGACAAAGGUGGGGAGGAGAGGUGUGUGCGGAUUCAAUGGCCGCAACAGAGCACGUGAUAGUGACUCGUUGUCCUGUAGCAAGAGCGCCCCCUCUCUUUCGACCUGCUGCAGUGCAAGUGAGGCAUCAUUUGGGACGGCACGACCUGCUGCUGCAAAUUCAAAGGGCAGAAGAAGAGACUGUGACACGUGACGAGUCUUUCUACUUUAGUCGUUGAUGUGAAUGAGGCUAUUUUUGAUGCUUUUGAUUUUAUCAAUGAUUGUGAUUAGCUGCUGUGGUGCCUUCUUUUGGUAUGUGGGGGUUCAAUGUAGGGGGUGUGAGGAUGAGGGGGGCAGGAGUGUAAAUGUUUCCACUUUAGGGGUUUUGUUUUUUGUUUCUCAUCCGUCUCUUAAAUGAACAAAAUGAUUUGAAGGCAAAACAUUGCUUGAGAUGACAGGAGCAACGACGACUCCAGGGGCUUGAAGGUAAACACGAAGACGUGUACAAUGUAAGUCCGCCACAAGCCCGUCGGCGAUGUGACGCCAGUUUACAAGUGACAUUCGAAAGCCAUGUCAUACCCUUCCUUGAAAUAAAAGCACCAAUUGAUUGAGCGAUAAAUGUACAAAGAAAAUCAAGCUGUGAUUUCCACUUAAAGGAGACAUAAUAUGGGCUCUAACUCGCGGAGCAAGCCAUUUAUAUGCUUUACUGUGUGUAUGUGGCGCAUGUCAAUUUUCCACAAUAUGUCGCCUUUAAGAGACAAAUUACAAUUGUAAAAUGUUGCAUGUGAUGGACGAAACAUGAUGACAUUUAGAUAACUGAAUUCUGCAGACCGUCUGCAGCACUCUGUGGGGUCGUAGUUGUUUUCCUUAAGUCGCGUUUUUAUCUCCGCUUGUUCGUUCAUACUCGUUGGAUGAGUGCGGUCACAUGUUGCAGGUUGGAAUUUAGCACCUGUCUGAAAUUUUGUGUGCAGAGCCAGCGUCCACCGAGGUAAGCACUAAAUAAAAAGGUCUAAGCAAACUCUGUCGAAUCAGGGAAUUCAUACUGUACAAACUUUAAAACAAACCGAAUUUGUGAAAACUUUUAUAGCUCAGAAUGUCAUAAUGAGAAUGACCAUGCAGUCUUCAUGCUUACUGGACUUUUUUUGAUGAAAAAAAAAAAAUGGAAUAAAG